CUUUUAUCAACGAUGCUGAGGACGCCAGGUGGUAGAAGAGAAGGGACAUGGAUAGUCCACGUACAGUCUGCUCAAUAUUUACAUUACCAUAACUGCUUACCUUGUCGCCCAAUUUCAUGUUCAGUUGGAAGAUAUCAUGGAAUACCAUGGCCAACCAGAGAGUGCCUCGAAGCCCAACACAGCCGAAGUCUCGGUAUAUCCAGAUGAGAAGACAUUGAUGCGCCGAGUCGACUGGAAUAUCCUUCCUCUUAUGACUGUUGCCUACAUGCUGCAGUUUCUCGACAAGACCGCUCUAGGAUAUACGACAAUCUUUGGAAUCCGGGAAUCACUGGUAAUCAUGCCCGCGUAUGCCAUGCCACGGAGAUCGCUGACCAGAAAUCAGAACCUCGUUGGCGAUCAGUAUUCAUGGGCCGCGAGCGCAUUCUAUUUUGGGUUUAUGGUCGCCAGUUACCCGGUCUCUCUAUGCUUCGUCAAACUUCCAAUUGGGAAAUUCCUUUCCCUUACCUUUAUUUCUUGGGCCGUGGUCCUAGCCUGCCAUGGCGCGACGUCCAAUUUUGCCGGCCUUAUGGUCGUUCGUGUGCUCCUCGGAGUUCUUGAAAGUACUAUUACACCAGGACUGUCCCUGGUAACUAGUCUCUGGUAUAAGCGGUCGGAGCACGCAUCAAGGCAUGGAAUCUGGUUUGCAGGAAACAGCAUUUCGUCCAUUUUUGGGGGGCUGUUGACGUAUGCUAUCGGCCAUAUCAGCAACUCCGUUCAACCAUGGGCGUGGAUAUUCAUCAUAUUCGGAAUCCUCACGUUUGCAUACGGGGUUGUCCUUUUGAUCUUCCUACCCGACAGCCCUCGCACCGCGCGCUUUCUCUCCAAGGAGGAAAGGGAGUUCAUUCACAAACGUGCCCAACAGGACACCCAUACCACCGUUUCGUACAAAUGGUCGAAGAGCCAAUGUAUCGAAGCACUGAUCGACCCGAAAACCUGGCUUAUCUUCAUAUACGCCAUGGGAUCAUGCAUCCCCAAUGGCGGUGUCACAAGCUUCGGAAGUAUUGUCGUGUCGGGGUUCGGAUUCUCGACCUUCAACACAAUCCUCGUCCAGCUCCCCAUGUCGAUUUUUACUCUCAUAUAUGUAACCGCGGCUACGGUUAUCACCUCCAAGCUGCGCAAAUCGCGCUGCAUUACCGCUGCAGUUCUUGAACUCAUCAGCCUAGCGGGUUGCUUAAUGGUCUCCCAGAUUGACCCCCAGGAUAAGCUCGCUCGACUUGGUGGAAUGUGGCUUUUCCCCGCCUAUUCCGCCUCGAUUCCCAUCAUACUUAGUGUUAUUGCGUCCAACGUGGCCGGGUAUACGAAGAGAACUACAGUGAGCGCGGUGAUGUUUCUUGGAAAUUGCGCUGGCAAUAUCACCGGCCCUUUUCUUUUCUUUUCCGAUGAAACACCUGUAUACCAGAGCGCAUGGAUCGGGAUUAUGAUUUCACUGGCCAUUGCCUUCGUAGCUCUCCUUGUAUUGCGCCAACUAAUGGACUUCCAAAACCGAUAUCGCGAUCGCCAGCAAAAUGUAAAGAUAGACCCGGAAUCUGAAUCUUCUGGGGUCACUGAAACGGUGGAGGCUGUUGCAUUGGAUGCGGAUGAGACGGACUGGGAGAACCAAAGCUUUCGAUAUUAUUUGUAGGGGACUUGUAGUUCUAAACCUAGUCGAGUC